UACCCGUCGAUAUUGUCUCGAUUCCUAAUCGCUUAGUUAUCGAUUUAACUCUCGUUCGGGAAGUAGAGUAAUCUUUAGUUAGCUAAAUAUCGGCUUACUGCCUUCAGAGAAAUGAGUGAUAAUUGUGCGGGUGAAGAUGCAGAAACUGGAGACAGAAAUCUACAGAGUGAAAGCAAUCUGACAGAAGCUCUGACUAAUGGUUUUCUGGACGCUUUCGCUCCCGGUUUGGAGAAUCUGAAAGAGCGGCUUGGGGAACUUACGUAAGGUUAAGUUAGGACAAUGUUUGAUUUUUUUUCAUCUGAAAAUUUGCCACGAUACGAAAUUUAUAUUCAUAUUAGCUUGUGAUCUAAUAAAAUUUUAACAUGAAAGAACAUAUCACACCGCACAAGGGCCUUUGAGCAGCCAUGAAAAAAUAUGGGUAAUAAAUUCUAGUUGGGAACUCCGGAGGGAGGGGGGAUGGACUGGGGUAAGGAGGUAUUUGGGUAGAGUUGAGUGGUUUGUUAAUCACUGGAAUGAUUUUUAGCCAUCAGGAUUUAAUAUAUUGGACUGUUGAUUCCCAAAUGGCCCAAGAUUACCAAAGAUGUUGAACACAAUAGAGCAAAACAAUGGAUAGCUUUCUUUAAAUCUAUUCCAGAUUGGAUUGUUUUAUUAUGAGUCCCUGGCUUUCUUUUUUCUGGAUAUUUUCAUGGUUUAUUUUUGUGUUGUGAGCUUACUUUGAGUUUGGGUUGGUUAUAAAUGUACUUCCUUUGUGAUCAAGGUAUGGAGCCUUCAUGUAUUUGUUGAGUCUGGCAUUCUAAUUCAAGCAUAUGUAGAUGUGGGUUAAUGCUUGACAGCUGGAAAAAUGAUGAGACCUUUUCAAUAAAAAAAAAAAUCUUCCUACUUUGGGCAAUUGUGGAGCAGAUAUUUCACAAGUGCAAAGAAAGGAAGAAAAUCAAAAAUGAGUCAUACAGUCUCAUGUCUGUUUGAAGGAGAACCUUGCAUGUUUUUACCUUCUGGCUGACUGACAGUUAGAUCAAUAUCUAGGUUAAAUGUGAUAAAUUGUUCACUGUUACCAGUCCAUCAUCAUUUACUUUUUGCUAUUUACUUUUGCAAUUCUUUAUCUUUACCUCAGGCAAAAUCAAGGAAUUUUAAUUGAAACUAUGCAACAGGAAAAUGCAAAGUUUGCAGAAUGUCAUGCAGCAAGAAACCUUCUGGUCAUGGUAAGAUUAACAUUUUGCCACUUGGUCAAUAACUUAAGGCAACAAUGAAUGUGUUACCCUCCUAACAACAGCAAUAUAUCAUUCAGUGAGAUGGUGGCAAGAGAAGGAGACUUAUCCACAGGACUCAGAUUAGGGCUUUAAAAGAAUCUGUGACAAGAUUUUUGUUCAUUGAGGAAGAGGGAUUUCUCACUCUUUUUAAACCAAAACAACUAACAAUCUCAACUGAUAUAUCUUGCUUUUCAGCUUUCUUAUUUAUCGACAGGACUAAGAUUAGAGUUCUAAAAGUAUCUGUGACAAAAUUUUAGCUCAUUGAAGGAAGAGGGAUUUCUCACUCUUUUUAAGACCAAACAAUCAACAAUGUCAACUGAUGUAUCUUGCUUUUCAGCUUUCUUACGUUCGAACAUAUCAUUCCAAGCUCACCAAAAUCCAACAUGAUAUGGAUGUUAUAGAAGACAGGGUUGUUAGACUGCAGGUGAGAUAAUAUUGGAAUACUGAUACCCUUCCUAAGAUUCUCACAAAAGUUUAGCAGUUGUCGAAAGUUCAUCUGAUUCAAAUAGACUGUGUCAAAGAAAUUCAAGUCAAAGCAACUGAGAAUAUUGCAGAAAUUAUACUUUGCAACAAGAGAUUUCUCCUUUCUGUUAUUUUCAAUUGUUGAAUCUUGCGAUGUUAAAAUUGUUUUGUUAACUGUUAUUUUGGUUCCCUUUGGUAUUCUGAUGACCUUCACCAUGACCUUGCUCAUGUGUGUGCUUUCCUGAUCAAGGUGGGGAUAUUUAUUGAAAACAAAAGUGGGAAAAUAGAUUUUGACACAACAUACUUUUUGAACCAAAAUAUUGAGACUAACAAUAGCAUUUGUUUUUUUUUUGGUUCUAAAGUGCAUCUGAUUAAGAAAUUAAGUUUGGCUGACAUAGCAGGGACAUUCAGUGUGGUAUAUAAAAUAAUUAGUUUGGUUCUGCUUGUCUUGUACCAAAACAUUGUUAACCUGUCAACUAGUAAACCAGUUGUUAUAACCAGUUUAGAGGCUAGGCUAUGGUUAAAGUACCGGAAUGAUGAACUUUGAAGAAAUGGCUUAGUAAUGAAGAGGCUUUUAUCAAUGUUAACUUAUCAUUCAAUUUUCUACAAUUCUGCAAUUAUCUCCUCUCUCUCCUAAAAGCUCAUAAUUAGUGUGAAUGGUACAACAGAAAUCAAAGGACUGGUACUACAUAGAUUUCUGGAUUACACAUCAUAACAAAAUUGUUUUUGUUAUGGAGCAAAAACAUUAAACGAUCAAUACACUUUAGCACAGAAUUGCAGUGAGGAGGGGAAAAAAUGAUCAACUAGGGUAUAUUGUUUGGGUUAAGACCAAAAUGACAUUUUAUAACAAUAAAAGCCUGCCAGGAGUGUGGAGAACUGAUAAUAAAAUCAUGGAGUAAAUUGGUUAAUAUUAAAUUUUCUUGACUGAAAUUCAAGCUGUUGAGAAUUUGAAAUGAAUAGAACUGUAGUUUGGGGCUAGUGUAAAUUCUGGAUAAUACCUAGCUGUUCAGCAUGAAUAUGAACCAACAUUUGGGGUUAUAAAGUAACUGAUUUAGGAAUGGUGGGCUCUCUUUGAAAGUCAAGAAAUGUUAGUCUCUUAGUUGAGGAGUACACAGCAUUGAUCACUGGUGUUCUGCACCACAGGUGUUAUACGGUUACAUUUAGCAGGGCAUGUGAAAGAAACCAUUCAGUAGUUGCAAUGAACAGGCCAUCAAGCCGCCUGUGAUGUGAUUUGGUCAUGCUGUCAUGUUUGGGGUUUGAAAUGCAGAGAGAUGUGUGAGCUGUUAUUUGUCAUUCUACAUACAAAAUCUGACCUUAACUGGUAAAUUAUGCAACUUAUUGCAGAUUUAAACAAAGGAUGAUUAAUUUUGUUUUUAUUUACAUUCUCAGAGGAGAGCAACAAAACUUAAAUCACAAAAGGAGAAAGAGGAGCGUAACAAAGUUGAAGCACAAGAACGACAGUUAGAGUUGGAGAGACAACUCACAGCUAAAUUGGCAUCAGACCAUCCACAGUAACAAGAUGUUAGACUCAGUUUGGCAUAUGAUUACUUUAAUUUAAUGGUGCUGCAAUAUCAGGAUAAUGGUCAAAGGAAUACUGGUUAUCUGAGAUUGGUUCAAAUGAAGGGAGCCACAUAACCAAACAAUUAUUAAAACAGUUAUAUUGGGAAACGUCUCCCAGAUAGACCGUCAGUACAUGUCAAGAUCAGUAAAAAAAAAAUGGAAGAUGUUAAUUUACCUUUAGAGAGUAUUUGAGCCAGGAUUUUGAAAUAGGAAGGUGUGUAUUAUUCCCUUAUUACUACAGAUUAAAAUCAGAGUAAAAGUAAACAUGUUUAAGCAGAGCACAAUGGUCUGGUUAAUGUAUGUUAGAAUAUGCUGGACUUCACAUUAAUUGGUCUUGGUUGAAGGCCUUGUUAAAGUUAUAUUGGUGGGUAUAACCCUUUAAACCCUAAGAAUGACUAUCGUCCAAUUUCUCCAAACAACACCAUCCCUGAAUCACACAUACCGUAUUCGCACGUGUAUAGGCAGUACUUUUUUUCCAAAUAAAUUUUGUGCAAACGGUAUAAAUUAAAUCUUUCUAUGUUAAUCAAGAGGCAAGGCCGCUAAGCUAUGUUUACUCGUGUCCCCGAUCACGUACGCAACUUCACGCGAUCAUUACUAAGGAAAUAAAACAAAAUGUUAGUGUACUUGGAAUACAAAUCUAGCAAAAAUUACCCAGGUAGCUUUCCUUUUACCUUUUUUUUAACUUAAAGACCGUUUUGAAGACAUGACUGGCCGUUGUUGUUUGCAUCUCGCAAGUUUGUUCGAUCGAUGGCAUGCUAUGUCAGAUUAUUUAUCGUGAUGUAUUUUGUGAUAUAAACAAAUAUUUCUUGGCGGUAUGCGGCACGCACUCGCCAGGCCUUUUGCCCUUUCGAGAAAACGUGAAAUUAUUUUUAGGGGUGCGGCUUAUUCACGAGUGCGGCCUAUGCACGUACGAGUGCGGCCUAUGCACGUAUGAGUGCGGCCUAUGCACGUACGAAUACGGUAAAGGUCACGAGAAUCAAGAAUAAAUGAUCACCAACCAAAUAAGCUCAUGAUCGUUAGACACAUUCUCCCAGUCAGCACCUCAAAAUAUAUGUACAGAACAGUAUGGAGAAUAUGCUUUCUGAUGUUGGGGCGUAAGGAGUUAAGAAUUCUUUCACAAAGCUACGUGAUAUAUAAAUAUAGGGGUAGGUGGAUGAUUGGGAGGUUAGAAAUGAUGGAAUGCGAUUCUUUUCAAUGGCGGGGAAAGUAACUGUAGCUCCCUUUAGGCUCUCAGUAAGUGGAAAUGGUCAAAAGAGUAGGUGCGCGAAAUAUGGUGAGGAUCAGGCAAAGAAAAAUGGCAAAGAGAGCCUGUAAGAAUUGUGUUAAUGCCUCACUCCACCCACCACCACGCUUUUUUUUACGGAGCCGUUUCCUUGACAACAACCAUUUGACGUUUUCCACCGAGUCUGGAACAGACUAUGCUUCUUCAUGCUUUGGUGUAAUUUAUGGUCACCCAGCCGUUAUUUAGAUUAUUUAAGAUAACCAAAAUCUGAUACGAAACUGAAAAAUGGUUUCCUAUGACACGCAAUAAAAUGUGCAUUCUGUUUUAAUAAUA